UUAUCAGUUGAAAACCCGCGAUUGAAGAACGUGAAAAAACUAAAAUUUUAGGAAAUUUAAUAGAAAAAAGGAGAUUCAAGGACGAUUUUUGUGUCCAAAUCGUUCGAAAUAUGGGAAAAUCAUCAAAAAAAGGCAAAUUACCAUCAACAACUUCUUCUCCACAGUUGACUCCGUGCGUCGUUCGACUCAACAGACGAGAAUUCCAACUCGCAUCCGCAAAAUAUCUCUCUCCAAAAGCAAAAACUCCGCCAAAAAAGCUCCAAAUUCGUCGUAAUUCUGACAGCAGCAUCAUGGGCGACACCGAUUCUGACGAGGAACGUUUGGAAAUUGACGAAUCGGCAAUUCAAGAGCCUCCCGCCGCCGUUUCCAUGCCAAAUCUCGACACUUUUCAUCGUAGUCCCGUCAAAAGUGCCAAAGGUGUCUCCAUUGAUUGGGCUCCCGAACGCAAUCCAGUCUAUGGUUCAGCUGAAUUUAUUCCGCCAAAACCAAAAACGCGCGCGAAAAGUCUUCGAAAGGAGUUUGUGGAUGCCGGCACGCAACACAGAGACGAUGACACGAUGAAAUUUUGCGAUACUUGCAUCAAGGGACAAAAUUAUCAGAUGCAAGUCGAGAUGAUUUUGCUGAAACAUGGCACGAGUAUCGAAGAAUUGACGGGCGGCGGGGAGAUUGGACCAGAUUUUGUCGAAAAAUUCACGCAAAUUAUCAAUAAUCCGAAGCCGAAACAAAUUCAAGUGAGCCAGAUGCAAGUUCAACGCAUCACAAAACGUGCUUUGCCGGGACUUUUGCCGCUUCCGAAUAUUGAAGUUGGAGCUAAAACGACAAAAAAUGACAUUAAUGAUGCGAAAGUCCCUCAAAUUGGUGAAAAUUUGAACAAAAAUCAAGGAUUUGAGUACACAGAAGAGAAUAUUCGGAUGAGUCAAGUGCAGUAUAUGCCUUUUAAUACGACCGUAAAUCCAUUCAAUUUGCAAACUUACCAACCAACUUUUACCUUCACGAAUAACGCAUUGAUGGGAGAAACGACUCCAAAUUAUCAAACAACUCCUUCGGAAUCGCCAAGUAUGGGUUUGAACUUUUAUGUUAACACUUUGAAUGACGAUGAACCGGAAAAUGAUGCAAAUGUAACACCUGAUACCCCUAAAAAUGAUGAAUCUGAUAAGAAAAGCGAUGUUGAAAGUGCUCCAAUUGGAGAAAGUACUCCAAUUAACACGUCAGAAGGCAGCGAGACACCAUUUGGGGGAGAAAUUAGUAGCGAAGCAACUCCGAAAAAGGUGUCGGAAGAGAAUGAAGCGGAUGAUGCACUCGUUAUUGCGACAGAUGCGGAUUUCGUUGAAGGGUUUGAGGAUAAAGUACCCGAAGUAACUCCCUCAAAGCCUGAUCUCAACAAAAGUUUGGAACGUCAGAGCAUUUUGGCCUAUGAAGAAGACGACAACACGCCUCGUCGCAAUCGUUUCGCCAAAAUCGGCGCUCAAGGAAACUCAUCUGCACAAAAUCCUAGAUUUUCUUCCAACAAAAAGCAAAAACAACGUCGUCCUCGUUACAAUAACUCCCCUCCUGGCUCAAAUAUGGAUGACAUUUCUCCCUUCAAAUCGAAUCUCUUCCCUCAGAUGCAUCCAAAUACCGUUUCGGGCAACAAAUCCAACGCCAGCUACGAACUUUUCACCGAAUUCACGAAGGUUUGUCGUGACUUUCUGUACAAAACUUGCACCGGCAACAGCAUCAACUGCAACGGAAACCACAAAUUCCCCGACGCGGCAUGGGUUCAGCUCAAAUUAAACGAAAUGACGUCGGAUGAAGUGCAGAAAUUCAUCAAAAGUUGUUACAAAAGUGUCGCUUGCUGCUUGCGUUACUUCCCGAUUUUGUCAAAAUAUUUCGGAACGCACAAUUUAAAGCAUCUUUUGGUCGAAGCAAUCGCAAUGGCGGAAUCGGAUCAACUUCUUUUGAUAAAUUACAAAUGGAUUGUCGAUGGAUUGAUUCGGGCGCGCGUCGCUCCGAACAUUGCAGUGACUACGUUGCUGGAAAAACGUAAAAAUUUCAGUCCCUAUGCCAAUCGGAUGGUAGUUGAGAUAAUUUGCAAGACAAAUUUGGAAGGUUGUUUCUUGGAAAAGUUGAUCGAAAUCUCGGAAAAUUCGAGUGAGGUAUUCGACAUUGACAUGUUUCACAAAUUUAUGGUGUUGGCAAUGAAGGACAACGUUAAUAUUGAGGGAUGGAAAAUUUUGAUCGAGAAUAUUUUGGAAAAAUUCAACCAAAAUGAGGAAAUUCUACCAAAUUUGGAUCAUGAGUUGAUCAAUACUUUCGUAAAUCACAUUUAGAUAAUGUGAAAAUUGACUUUUUGAUUAUUAUUUUUUUCUUAUUCAAAAGCAAUAAAUAGCUAAAAAUGUUCCUUAAAUUAAUUAAAAACUCUUUUAACUCUAUUAUAUCUAUAAAAAUUAUUAAAAUUUUAUUUCAAGUACUAAAAAUUUAAUUUCAAGAAAUAAAAAUUUUAU